GCCAGGAAAACUGGAGGGAGAACACACAUCAACUGAUCUUAGUGACAGAUCGAACCAACGGGAGUCCAGCUGUGUGUCCAUGAAGAGUUACAAGUCAAUGGAACAGCCAGGAAAACUAGAGGGAGGACACAAAUCUACUGAUCUGAGGUACACAGUGGUGGUGCUAGGGCGGGGCUUGCUAGGACUAUAGCCCUACUAGAAAUUAACAUAGCACCGGUGAACAAAGAACAAAAGAAAAAAAGAAAUCAAUCACUGCUCUUAGCUGAUUAACUUUUGUAGCUUGAAAAAAACUUUAUCUAUAUUCUAUUUAUAGUUUAUGCAUAUACAAUUUAUAGUUUAUGUGAAGAUUGUUUCAAGCUCACUUUAAAAGUUGUUGGGGCAGUCGUGGCCUAAUGGUUAGAAAGUUGGACUUAUAACCUGGAGGUCGCAGGUUCGAUUUUCGGUGGUGGGGGGAGUGAAUGAACAGCUCUCUUCCACAUUCAGUACCACGACUGAGGUGAGACCCUUGAGCAAGGCACAGAACCCCCAAUUGCUCACCGGGUGCCGCAGAAAAUGGCUGUCCACUGCUCAGGGUGUGUCUGUGUAUUUGUUCACUACUCACUGCUGUGUGUGUACACUUGGAUGGGUUAAAGGGGUCAUGAACUGAGAAACCAAAAUUCCCUUUAUCCUUUGACAUAUAAGAGGUCAUUGUACUAUAAAAGCAUCCUGUAAGUUUCAAAACUCAAAACUUUGUUGUUAGUCUAAAAACAGCUUAAAUUGAAGGCACUCUGCCAAAAAGACAGCUUUUGGAAUGUUCUACUCUAUGAUGUAAUAGUGUGGAUAAGCACCGCCUCCGCAGAAGAAGAUCAACGCCUGCUUCUACAUCACUGCCUGUUUAGCCCCGCCCCCACCAAUUCAUGCAUGUAGUGUUUUCAAGGCGAACACGCAGGUCUACGCAGAAACCAAACAAUAAAGAUGGCUCUGAAGACAACAAGACAGUUGUGGAAAAACAGUGUUUGCAUUGCCUUCCUUCUGAUCCCAACAUUUGUAAUGAAGUUCCAGACCGCGUCAGUAAGAACUAGAUCCUUUGUUCACUUCAUUCUACCACUGAUCCAUUUACAAACAAGGCACAGUUUGACGCAGGAUUUUCAGAAAGAUUGAAACAACAAAAAAAAUGAUGCUGUGCCGACUAUUGGAUCCGACAGUAAUGUUGAAACACAAAAGUUGACAAAUCAAACCAACAGGAGCGCAGCAGUGUGUCCAUGAAGAGUGACAUGUCUAUGGAGCAGCCAGGAAAACUUGAAGAUAGACUUAAAUCAACUCAUCUGAGUCAAACAUCAGACUCACCAGGUUCUAGCUGUGUAUCCAUGAAGAGUGACCAAUCUGUGGACACUUCAAAAACAUUUAAAAGACACGCAUCAACUGAUCUGAGCACAUUCAGAUCAAAUCUGAUGAAGAAGUUUGAUUGUCUGUAUGAAGGAACAGCAAAGCAGGGAAACCCAACACUCCUGAAUGAGAUCUACACAGAGCUCUACAUCACAGAGAGUGAAAGUGGAGAGAUCAAUAAUGAGCAUGAGGUGAGACAGAUUGAGACACAAUCCAGGAGAACAGCAACAGAGGACAUACCAAUCAAAUGUAAUGACAUCUUUAGACCUUUACCUGGACAAGACAAAGCCAUCAGAACUGUGCUGACAAAGGGAGUCGCUGGCAUUGGAAAAACAGUCUCUGUGCAGAAGUUCAUUGUGGACUGGGCUGAAGGGAAAGAGAAUCAGGACAUCCAGCUCAUAUUUCCACUUCCUUUCAGAGAGCUCAACUUGAUGAAGGACAAAACACUCAGUCUUUCAGAUCUUCUUCAUAAAUUUUUCCCAGAAGCCAAAGAAAUAUCUAGUGAAGAAUAUAAAGUGUUGUUCAUCUUUGAUGGUCUGGAUGAGUGUCGUCUAUCUCUGGAUUUUCAGAGAAAUGUGAAACUGUGUAAUAUAUCUCAAUCAGGUGUAGUGGACAUGCUUGUAACAAACCUCAUUGUGGGGAAUCUGCUUCCCUCUGCUCUCAUCUGGAUCACCUCCAGACCAGCAGCAGCUGAUCUCGUCCCCUCUGAGUUUGUCCAUCGAGUGACAGAGGUACGAGGCUUCAAUGAUCCACAGAAGGAGAAAUACUUCAGGAAGAGAAUCAGUGAUCAGAGUCUGGCCGAUACAAUCAUCUCACACCUGAAGUCAUCAAGGAGCCUCUACAUCAUGUGCCACAUCCCUGUGUUCUGCUGGAUCUCAGCCACUGUUCUGGAGAAGAUGUUGAGUCGAGCAGAGAGUGGAGAGAUUCCCAAGACUCUCACUCAAAUGUACACACACUUCCUGAUCAUUCAGACCAACAUCAAACAUGAGAAGGACUAUGAGAAGAAAGUCAAAGAUGAAGACAUGAUUGUCAAACUGGGGAAACUGGCUUUUGAGCAGCUUGUGAAAGGUAACCUGAUCUUCUAUGAGGAAGACCUGAGAGAGUGUGGCAUUGAUGAGACAGAAGCAUCAGUGUACUCAGGAUUGUGCACUCAGAUGUUCAGAGAGGAGUUUGGCUUGUUUCAGGGUAAAGUCUUCUGCUUUGUUCAUCUGAGCAUCCAGGAACAUCUAGCAGCUCUAUAUGCACACCACUCCUUCACAAAGACCCGCAUAAAUGUGUUUGACCAAACUGAACAAAGUGUCUUCAAAGUUGUAACCCGGAAGAAAAAAAAAGUAUUAUUUGUCCUGCAUCAGAGAGCUGUGGAUGAGGCUUUACAGAGUAAGAAUGGACAUCUAGACCUUUUCCUGCGUUUUCUUCUGGGUCUCUCAUUGAAGUUCAAUCAGACUCUCUUAAGAGAACUACUAACACAGACAGGAAGCUGCUCCCACAACAAAGAGCAAAUGGUUGAGUACAUCAAAGAGGAGAUCAGGCAGAAUGCCUCUCCAGAGAGAUCCAUCAAUCUGUUUCACUGUCUGAAUGAACUGGGUGAUGAUUCACUGAUGCAGGAGAUCCAAGAUUAUCUGACAUCUAAAAAAAUAAAACAAAUCAAACUCUCCUCUUCACAGUGGUCAGCUCUGGUUUAUGUGUUGCUGACAUCAGAGCAGAAGUUGGAUGUUUUUAUUAUAAAAAAGUUUAUUGGAGACCAAAAUACAGCAGAUGAAGUUCUUCAGAAGCUGCUGCCUGUGGUUAAAGAAUCCAGAUCAGUUCAGUUGAGUGAUUGUGGUGUCACAGAGAAAGGUUGUGCUGCUGUGGUUACAGCUCUGAGAUCAAACCCCUCACACCUGAGAGAACUGGAUCUGUCACUGAAUAAUCUAGGAGACUCGGGACUGAAUCUGCUCUUUAAUGGACUGAAGGAUCCUCGCUGUAAACUGGAAACACUGCAGUUGAAUCAUUGUGGUGUCACAGACGAAGGUUGUGCUACUCUGGCUUCAGCUCUGAGAUCAAACACCUCAUCCCUGAGAGAACUGAAUCUUGCUAGAAAUAAACUACAAGACACAGGAGUGAAUCUGCUCUCUGAUGGACUGAAGGAUACUCACUGUAAACUGGAGAAACUAAGGUUGAGUGAUUGUUGUGUCAGGGAUGAAGGUUGUGCUGCUCUUGCUUCAGCUCUGAGAUCAAACCCCUCACACCUGAGAGAACUGAAUCUGUCUGGAAAUGAACUUGGAGACUCAGGACUGAAUCUGCUCUCUGAUGCACUGAAGGACACUGCGACACUGGAGACACUGUGGUUGAAUGAUUGUGGAGUCACAGAUGAAGGUUGUGCUGCUCUGGCUUUAGCUCUGAGAUCAAACCCCUCACACCUGAGAGAACUGAAUCUGUCUGGAAAUAAACUAGGAGCCUCAGGAAUGAAGCUGCUGUCUGAUCUGAAAGAUGAUUCAAAUUAUAAAUUGGAGAUGCUUCUGUUUAGAUGACUGAUCCAGAGAUCAUAUUAACAUCACAUUCAACAGAAUCAACAGACACAAACCCACAGUGAUCAUCACACAGGGAUGUGUUUCUGGAACUUUCUAGAAUGAUCCAAUCCUUGAUCCAAAAUCAAACAAAGAAACCUUUUGUGCCCCAUUUUACAUAAUAAUUUUACAAGCUGAUUGUGACGAUCGGUGUAUCUUCUGUUCAGUUAUUACAAAAAUUUCAACCCAACAAGUGCCUAACAUUGGGUUAAAGUCUGGGACUUUAUUUAUUUAUGAUUGAGUGACAUAAGCUUGAAAAAAAAUAGGUCAUUUCCUGCAGGUCAUUUCUCAAUGU